AUGGCAGACGUGCUCUGUGGAGUCUGCGCGACAGAGCCAAAAAAGUACAAGUGCCCGACUUGCGCGCUCCCAUACUGCUCAUUAAUAUGCUUUAAAACCCACAAGGCAACUCAUCCCGAAAACAUUACCACGCCGGCGCCCACCCCCGCUGAGCCAACCCUACCGCAACCAGCACCACCCGCUCCGAUACCACGCUAUCUGAAGAGCCGCACCGACUUCUCUGUCCUAGCCACCAACCCCAAAUUCCAGGCCCUUCUAAAAACACAUCCCACGCUCCUGUCGUCCCUCCAACGCGUCUACGCAAAGACGAUACAGCCAGACCCGGAAGAUGAGCGCCGCCGCCGCUUGCUCGAGAGGAACGCGUUCCGAGGGCGCGGCGCAAGAGGAAGGGGACGAGGCAGGGGCAGAGGCGGAAGAGGCGGCUGGCACGGGGAGGACAGAGAAGAGCGGUGGACGCCGAAGAAGGGAGACAAAGAUGCAAUGGCGGUGCUAAAGGAGAUUCGGGACGGUGAGACUCAGGACGACGAGAAGGAGGCCAUGGCCCAGUUUGUGGGUCUAGUCGACGAGCUGUUUGCGCAAAAAGACAAGACGAGCGGUGUGGAAGGAUGCUGAGAUUUGACACAUCACGCCCGAAUAUCACGCACCUACACCCGUCAGAUAUGCAUGCCAGCACACGAGAAGCUCACGAGCAAAUAACGCACUAUUUCCUCGGGCAGCAUGGAAGUUACUACUAAGUACUGAACUUCGACACGCCAACGCUAGAACUCGGUGUCUCUAGCCUUCUCUAUCCACCGACACAACUGCAUACCUACCCCUUCCACAUGAUGUCUCGCGGCAAAGUCACCUGCUCGACCUCAUGUAGGACAGUUGCAUUCGCAUCAUGGAACGCUAAACAUUCCGACUCAACAAAAGUCUGUGCAGCUAGCUGCCCUGCCUUUAGCGCAGACCAGUCUAUAGCCUCCGCUUCUAGUCUCCGUGUCUAUCUGCUAGCCACGACUAGCUGGUCGCAACCUGCUUCUCGGGAUUCGUACAGUCACUCGCAGAAAGGUUCGCCUCGCCGCCGAUUUU